UUUAUUUCAGAGCCUGACUUCCUCUGGCCUCUCCGGAGUUCCUCAUAUAGGCGCAGCAGUUAAUGAGGGAAAUACCCAAAGUUAAACCGAGCAUGGGAGAGAGGGGGGGGGGAGCUGGGAGGACCGGAGAGACUGGAACGUGAGAAAAGAAAAGAAAAAGCAUCAGGAGAAAGAACAGGAGAUGAGGAGAAGCGGCAGAGAGGUGGUUUGCUCCCUGGAGGACGCAGACUGUGCUGUGGCUGUGUGGGUCUCUGGCGUGAUGAUUUGGGACAGAAAACAGAAAUCACAUUGCCAGGGAUUACUACACUGCUAUGGUGUCCACUUCAGGAGCUGGAGGACGAGGAGGAGGAGGAGGACACGUUCUGUGGAGUUGAUGAUGGGUGUGUUCUGCCCCCUGCAGGCUACAGGGAGAAACUACAGAUAAACAACUGGAUGGAAGCUGGAUAUAGUUUGUCAAAGUUUGGAUUUAAACAUCUGUCGCAAUCUAAGUUUUUAUACUUAAUCAUUAUUAUUGUUGUUGUUAUUCUUCUUCUUCUUCUUCUUCUUCUUCUUCUUCUUCUUCUUCUUCUUCUUCUUCUUCUUCUUCUUAUUAUUAUUAUUAAAUUAAAGGCUAAGAAUGAUAAUUUAUUGAGCCAUAACAAAGCUGACAACAUGCAGUACCACAUCAUCACCGAUGGGGAGCAGACGUUUUCCUAAGAUUCCAAACAACAUUGCUUGUAAGUCCCACGAAGAAGAGGAACCCGGAACAACAACAACAACAUCCUGUCAGAAGUCGCUUUGCGUGAAGAAGAGAAACUUUUAAUAACAAUAACAUGUAAAAGUGAAGUGAGACUCGAACACAUGUUGCGUGUGGAGGCGCUGGAGCUGCAGCUGUGCGCGGUGAUGGAGACUCUGGUGCGGGCGGCGGUGACGGAGCUCCGCCGACUGAUGGAGGAGGAGGACCGGGCCGACGUGCGGACUGUGGCCGCCCAGCAGCGCUCUGCUCCGGCUGCAGUGAAGAGGGAGGAGGAGGUGGAGGUGGAGGAGGAAGAAGAAGAGGAAGAGGAGGAGGAAGAAGAGGAAGAAGAAGUGAGUCCAGAGAGGCAGAAGUUGGAUGGAGACACAACGACCCAGUUUGCAGCGCUGAUGGAAACAUGGACCAAAGGUGCCGUGGAGAAAAUCCUGACGAUACUGAAAGUGUCCAUGUGUGAAGCCGAGGAAGAACCGGAGCCGAACGACAAGAGCAAACAGUCAAGCAUGAAGCCGCCAGCGAAAUCUACAGCCAGAAGAAAGAAGAUGGAGGGAGGACGGGAACCAGCAAUAAGGAAGAAGAAUAAGAGAGUGAAUCACAAAGCCUCACAUGAAGAGAGAAUCUCUGGAUCUCAGUUUGAACCUGACGACUUAUUAACAGAGCUCAGUUCAGAGCCGGCCCCUGACUUGGCCCCGGAGCCGUCCUCCGAUGUCAGGGAGGAUUUCACCGACGCUUCUACAUCCCAGAUCACAAAGAAGAAGAAGACGACUGGAUCGGUCAAGUGUCCUUCAUGUGACAAGACGUUUGCUCUGAAGUGUUUGAUGGAAAGACACCACCGCACUCACUCCAAGCCUCACCUCUGCUCUCAGUGUGGCAAACGUUUCUCGGUACUCGCGGGGCUCGUCGCACAUUCACGCCGUCACACCGGAGAGAAGCUGCACAAAUGCUCAGACUGCGGGACAGAGUUUGCUUACAAGUCCACCUUUGUGAGACACAUGCGUCAGCACAGCCUGAAGUCAGUUGACACGCACGUGUGCACGCUGUGUGAGACCCACUUCAACGAUACGCUGGCGUUUCAGCGGCACCGGUGUUGUGCCCUGAAUAAGACGUUUGUUUGCUCGCUCUGUCCAGAGACUUUCCAGUGCAGACAAAGUUUGUCCGAUCAUGAGAACCUUCAUUCAGGAGUCAGAGAUUUUGUGUGUGAAGUGUGUGGCGAGAGUUUCCUCUCGUCCUCGUCGUUGGCGACUCACCGGGUGACUCACAUGGAGCAGGAGACCUGCUGCGACCAGCUCGGCCUCGGAUGCAGCGACCUGAGCAUCCUCAGACUCCACCUGAGCAAACACGCCGGAGAGAAGCUCUUCACCUGUGAGGUUUGCGGUAAAGGCCUCAGUCACCAGAGCGCCCUGAAGCACCACAUGCUGACGCACACGGGCGAGAGGCCGUACAUCUGCGAGAUGUGCGGCAAGCGCUGUAGCCACGCCAGCGCGCUGCAGAACCACAUGAGGCUCCACACAGGGAGGAAACCGGGGCAGCUGUCGGCCUGCAACGUGUGCGGGAAAGAGUUCAGCCGCAUGACGAGACUCAAAUAUCACAUGAGCGUCCACACGGGGGAGAAGCCUUACGUCUGCGAUCAGUGUGACAAGAAGUUCAGCAACCCCAGCAAUCUGAAGCUACACAUGAGGACCCACUCCGGAGAGAAGAGGUACGGCUGCAACAUCUGCGGCAGGAGGUUCACUCACGGCAACAGCCUGAAGGUGCACCGGCUGAUCCACACCGGAGAGCGGCCGUACCGCUGCGGCGUCUGCGGGAAGGAAUUCAGCAACCGCAGCGACUCCAGGAGACACGAGAGGGUUCACCUGUCAGAGGGAGCCGGAGACGGACGGUCUGAAAACACUGCUCCAUGAAAACCUGAAGCAUCUCACUAACCACUGAUAUGUAUUUUCUGUUUACACACAUGAAACUGUGAUUAACUCUUUUUGUACGACAUCAGCGCUUAAUGUGAAGAAGAAAUACUGUGACAAAAGAAAUGUGUCGACUGUUGAAGAUUUUAUACAGACGUUUCUAUCACUAGGUGUAUUUGUCACUUUGGCUUUUCUACUUAUAUCCUCACACAUGUAAAAAGUAUUAUUUUUGUUUCUAUAUUUGUUUUAUAUUGAGCUCUAUUUUAUAUAUAUAUACAUAUAUAUUUUAUAUAUCUUUUUUGUAUUUUAUAUUUUUCUAUAAAAUGUCUCUUCUAGCUGAGCCGACCUGUUCCUCUCCUCUAACUCUACUGUCGACUGUAUGUUAACUUCAUUGUAGAUCGAUCGACGACACUGUGAGUUUAAAAGUGAAUAAUUAUAUUUACCUCUUUUUAUUCUCAGUUGAGUUUCUAGAAGGUUUUCUGCCUCCAAUGUGAUCUUGAGUGUCCACAUACUUAUGUCAAUAUAUUGUGUAACAUUACAGAACAUUAUUAUUUCUCUAAGCAAGCAACAACAAUUCAGUUCAUUAUUUUACAGAUUAACCAAUAAAUCGACGACCGACGACAAAACAACUACAAAGUGUGUUUAACAUAUUCGUCUUCAUCAGUUUGACGUUGUUGUUUCCUCACUCUCACUUUGAUGUUGUCUGUUUUUUUUAUUCCACUUGAUUGGUUUUUUACUGCAAUCGCACAAUUUACUCACAUGUGGCUAAUUUCCUUUGUCGUUAAACAAAAGGAGCAGACGAGGGUAAAAGAGGCGGAUGAAGAAAAGCAGACAAACCUCAAGCAAUUAACACUUCGUCCUUUGUGUAACAAGAAGUGAGGAGGAACAGACUUUGAGUCUCAGAGACGAGAACGGCUCAGUUUGUUGAUUUCUCCCAGAGAACAGUUUAUACUGAGUUGGAAUAAAGACGUUAACAUGGAAUCAGUACAAUACAGUCAAGUUCUCUUUGAUAUUGUGUUGCACUGAAACAUAAAUCAUAUACAUAAAACACAACAUAGAUAC